AUGAUAUUAAAUUUAUUUGAUCAAUUCAUAAGUCCCACACUAUUAGGAAUCCCACUAAUACUAUUAGCUUUAUCCCUACCUUGAGUUUUGUACCCGAAACCUCUUAAACGCUGACUUAAUAACCGAACUUUAACAAUUCAAAGUUGGUUUAUUAAUAACUUUAUUAAACAAAUUUUUUUACCUAUAAACACAGAAGGUCAUAAAUGAGCAAUAUUACUAACAUCCCUACUAAUUUUCUUAAUCACACUUAAUCUUCUAGGACUCCUCCCAUAUACUUUUACACCAACUACGCAACUCUCCCUUAACAUAGCAUUCGCAACUCCUAUCUGACUUACUACUGUGAUCUUAGGCAUACGAAAACAGCCCACCCACUCUUUAGGCCACCUACUACCAGAAGGCACCCCAACCCUGCUAAUCCCUAUUUUAGUUGUUAUUGAAACUAUUAGCCUGUUUAUCCGACCUCUAGCUUUAGGUGUCCGACUUACAGCCAAUCUAACAGCAGGACACCUUUUAAUCCAACUAAUUGCCUCAGGAGCCUAUUUCCUGUUCCCCCUCAUACCCGCAGUAGCAUUGCUUACUUCUACACUCCUCUUUCUUUUAACCCUCCUAGAAGUAGCUGUUGCUAUAAUCCAGGCAUACGUCUUUGUUCUUCUGCUAAGCCUCUACUUACAAGAAAACAUCUA